AUGAAUCCCAUCAGCAUUCAAAAGCUUCUCAAACAAGCCACAUUGUUUAAUUUGAAACGACCGUCGAUACACGUGGCCCUUUUUUGGAAAGCACGUCUCGCCGGAUAUGAAACUCUUAUCAUACAAUUCCAACUGGCAGAGGAUGAUGAGGUGUUCACUGAAUUGAAUUGUGAUCAUCAGUGGCCUCAUAAAGCUGUAACAGACUCUAACGCCGUCGCUCAAGAAAAAGGUGUCCUGCUGGUUUUGAUUUACAUCCGACUGGCUGGUCGAGCGGGCUCCAGAUGUCAGCUGGAUUGCAUCACACCAUUAGUUGACAAAAGCUUUGCUACUAGCACUCGGAAAGGAACACGAGAGGCCGCGAUUGAGUUUCUGCUAGAAUGGGCUAUGUCCGAAGCUGAUGGUGAUAAAGCCAAAGGGAUUGUGACCGCGGUCUUCGAAGGUUUAAACUUGAAGCAACUCAAAGUGGUCGCAGGGGCCGCUGCAGCCUUGAAUACACGGUUGAUCUCCAACCUUCCACUACCCGAACCUUCAGACAACCCUCCCUCACUGUUCCCAACUGACCCAACUAGCAAUAGCAACAAAGCCAAUCCCUUGCCUCCAGUCAUCCCACCUACAGGUCCUGAGGAAGCCUAG